AUGACCUCUAGCGCUUCUUCCCGGCCCACCCACGGUCCAGGCCGGCUCGUUUCUCACGCUGCACUACCGCCUGUCGGGGCCUGCAGGCGAUGUGAUCAACACCUUCAACGACAAGCCCGCCACGCUGUCCCUGGGCGCGGGCGAGCUGUCGCCUGCCGUCGAGCAGCGCCUGCUGGGCCUGGCCGAAGGCACGCGCACCACGUUCGAGAUGCGGCCGGCGAAGCCUUCGGCGAGCGCAACGGCGACAUGAUGCAGUGGGUGGCGCGCAAGCUGAUGAACGAGCUGGGCGACCCGCACGAGCAGUACGCGCCCGGCGACGUGGUGCAGUUCCCCACGCCCGACGGCCUGGGCAGCUACGCGGGCGCCGUGGUGCAGGUGCGCGAGGACGGCGCCGUGCUGUUCGACUUCAACCACCCGCUGGCCGGCCAGCCGGAAAUCCUGCUGGCCGAGCCACGGGGCUUCUGUGCCGGCGUGGACCGCGCCAUCGAGAUCGUGGAGCGUGCGCUGGCCAAGUUCGGCGCGCCCAUCUACGUGCGCCACGAGAUCGUGCACAACACCUUCGUGGUCAACGAUCUCAAGGCCAAGGGAGCGAUCUUCAUCGAGGAGCUGGACGACGUGCCGCCCGGCGCCACCCUGGUGUUCAGCGCCCACGGCGUGAGCCGGGCAGUGCAGGAGGAGGCGCGCAGGCGCGGUUUCUCCAUCUUCGACGCCACCUGCCCGCUGGUGACCAAGGUGCAUGUGGAAGUGGCCAAGCUGGCCAAGGAAGGCUACGAGUUCCUGAUGAUCGGCCACAAGGGGCAUCCCGAGGUCGAGGGCACCAUGGGCCAGCUGUCCGAGGGCAUCCACCUGGUCGAGGACGAGGCCGAUGUGGCCCGUGUCACCCCCCGCCAGACCGAGAAGCUGGCCGUGGUCACGCAGACCACGCUGUCGGUGGACGAUGCCGCAGGCAUCACGGCAGCCAUCCGCGCGCGCUUUCCGCAGGUGCGCGAGCCCAAGCAGCAGGACAUCUGCUACGCCACGCAAAACCGCCAGGACGCCGUCAAGGUGCUGGCGCCGCAGGUGGAUGUGCUCAUCGUCGUGGGCAGCCCCACCAGUUCCAACAGCAACCGCCUGCGCGAGCUGGCCGCGCGCCUGGGAACGCCCGCCUACAUGGUGGACAACGCGGGCGAGCUGUGCGAGGAAUGGUUUGCCAAUGCCGGGCGCGUGGGCCUGACGGCCGGCGCCUCGGCGCCCGAGGUGCUGGUGGACGAGGUCAUCCAGCGCCUGCGCCAGCUGGGCGCGCUGUCGGUGCGCAAGAUGGAUGGCAUCGAGGAGACCGUGAAGUUCCCGCUGCCCAAGGGUCUGAAGAUCGACGCGGCCACGGGCCUGGAGAUCUCCGCGCAGCGGACAUUGGCCAAAAAGCAAACGGGCGCCUGGCGCCCGUUUUGCAUGGUGGGGCCGAAAGCCUCAGCUCCACAGAUCCAGCGGCGGAUCGGAGGCCACGGCGCGCAGGAUGUCGGUGCGGCUGAUGAAGCCGGCCAGCAGGCCCUGCUCAUCGGUCACGGGCAGGCCCGGCAGGCCGGUCUCCAGCAGCACGCCGGCCACGCGGCGCAGGUCGGUGGUGGUGGCCACCGUGGGUAUGGGGGAGAUCAUGACCUCGUUCACGGGCCGGCGCGCCAGGGCAAUGGCGUCCUUGAUCGCACCGGGCUCGGGCAGCAGGUCCAGCGGCGCCAUGUCGGCACGCAGCAGCAGGCCGACCACGCGGCCACCGGCAUCCAGCACGGGGGCCUGGGCCACGCCGUGCUCGGCCAGCACGCGCCAGGCGUCGUUGACACCGGCCUCGGGCGACACCGUCACGGCCUCGUGGCUCAUCACGUCGGCCACGGUCUGCAGGGGCUGGCGUGGCUGGCUGGGGCCUUUUUCCGUGGAAAGGUAGGCAUCGACCGCGCCACGGCUGCGCGGAGCGGGCUCCGGCGCGCCGGCAGGCUGGCCCGCGAGGUCGGCCAGGAUGGCGGGGAACGAGGCGGCGGCAGCGCGUGCGCAGGGCCUGCGGGCGUUGUACGCGGCGCACGGGCGCCACCUGGCCCAGCCGCUCGGCGGGACCGCGAAACAUCUGUCCGUUGGGACCGAAGACAAAAAACAUGGGUGCUCCCGGGUGCGCAAACCGCUGUGGGCGGCAUAUUGGAAGUAUCGGCGCCGGCGCGGGAUUUCUGUAGCGGCAAGACCCCCAACGCCCAGGGGCGGGCGCUGCCAUGGCGAUACCGCCUAAAAUUGCCGGCUAUGCUCGAUAUCCUUCUUCUUCGCAAAGACCUUGACUCGGCCGUCGCACGGCUGGAGACCCGCAAAAAGCCCCAGGCCUUCCUGAACGUGGAGGCCUUCCAGUCCCUGGAAGCAGAGCGCAAGUCCCUGCAGACACGGACCGAGGAGCUGCAGUCCAAGCGCAACCAGCUGUCCAAGCAGAUCGGCAUGCUGAUGGGCAAGGGCGAGAAGGACGCUGCCGAGGCCGCCAAGGCCGAAGUCGGCAGCCUCAAGACCGAGCUGGAGCAGUCGGCCACGCGCCUGGAGCAGAUCCAGGGCGAGCUGCACGCCAUGCUGCUGGCCGUGCCCAACCUUCC